GCUUCUGAACGUGUACCAUGCGUACAAGCAGAACGGUGAGGACGCCACGUGGUGUUACGACAAUUUCAUCAACGUGCGUGCGAUGAAGUCAGCUGACAACGUGCGGACGCAGCUGGUGCGCAUCAUGAAUCGGUACAACCUGAAGAUGUGCAGCACAGACUUCAACAGCCGGGAUUAUUAUGUGAGCAUUCGGAAAGCGAUGCUUGCGGGGUACUUUAUGCAGGUGGCUCAUCUGGAGCGGACGGGUCACUACCUGACAGUGAAGGACAACCAGAUGGUUCAUCUGCAUCCGUCGAGUUGUUUGGACCACAAGCCGGAGUGGGUGAUAUACAACGAGUUUGUGCUGACUACUCGGAACUUCAUUCGAAUAGUGACAGAUGUGCGUGGGGAAUGGCUGAUAGACGUUGCUCCGCAUUACUACGAUUUGAGCAACUUUCCGCAGUGCGAAGCUAGACGCGUGCUGGAAAGACUGUACAUGAAGCGCGAGAGGGAGAAAUCUGAGGCUAACGGUGGAAAGAGGUAGUCAGCAGCUUGGAGCUGAACUUCAGAUACUGCUGACUUGUCUAUUCACGGUGUUGCUUGUCAGUUAUUAUAUUGUGUUCCUCUUCUCGUUCCCAUUUUUUUCAGGGGUCUGAGGAUGGUUUUGCCUUGAAACGACUGGUCCUUUGUAGCAAAUCGUUGAGGAAAGUUGAGGGAACAUAAAUUGAGCAUUUUGGCAGCUGUCCUCAACCUAAGCACGCCCCUAGGAAAUCGUAGGAAGUGGCUUAUAAACUACGAGCCGACUGAUUGAACCGCAGUUACAAUUUCGGUGAAAGGUGGAGGUGGAGUUUUUCAGGGCGUGAUGAAAUCGUAAGGAGUUCGGUUGUGUAGUCUAUGCUUGAUCCGCUCUUUGCUUUCAGGCAUCAUAGAGCUGAAACCAGCCGAUGCUUUAUGUUGAAACUUUAAUAUACCAGCUGGCAACAGCAGCAAUCUUUUACGGAAAUAGAUUAACUUCCAAACUUUUGAGCACA